AUGAUCCACUACCCCCAUAUACCCGAGGUGAUCCACUACCCCCAUAUACCCGAGGUGAUCCACUACCCCCAUAUACCCGAGGUGAUCCACUACCCCCAUAUACCCGAGGUGAACCACUACCCCCAUACACCCGAGGUGAUCCACUACCCCCAUAUACCCGAGGUGAAGCACUACCCCAAUAUACCCGAGGUGAACCACUACCCCCAUACACCCGAGGCAAUACCGCUGACAAAUGAACGGAUAGAGGAGAGACUUAAUACACCGCGGAUAGAGGAGAGACUAUAUACUGAGCGGAUAGAGGAGAGACUGAAUACACCGCGGAUAGAGGAGAGACUUAAUACACAGCGGAUAGAGGAGAGACUAUAUACUGAGCGGAUAGAAGAGAGACUUAAUACACCGCGGAUAGAGAAGAGACUAUAUACUGAGCGGAUAGAGGAGAGACUGAAUACACCGCGGAUAGAGGAGAGACUAUAUACUGAGCGGAUAGAGGAGAGACUAUAUACCGAGCAGAUACAGGAGAGACUAUAUACCGAGCGGAUAGAGGAGAGACUAUAUACUGAGCGGAUAGAGGAGAGACUAUAUACUGAGCGGAUAGAGGGAGGACUAUAUACACAGCGGAUAGAGGAGAGACUGAAUACACCGCGGAUAGCGGAGAGACUAUAUACUGAGCGGAUAGAGGAGAGACUAUAUACUGAGCGGAUAGAGGGAGGACUAUAUACACAGCGGAUAGAGGAGAGACUUAAUACACCGCGGAUAGAGGAGAGACUAUAUACUGAGCGGAUAGAGGAGAGACUGAAUACACUGCGGAUAGAGAAGAGACUAUAUACUGAGCGGAUAGAGGAGAGACUGAAUACACUGCGGAUAGAGGAGAGACUAUAUACUGAGCGGAUAGAGGAGAGACUGAAUACACUGCGGAUAGAGGAGAGACUAUAUACUGAGCGGAUAGAGGAGAGACUAUAUACUGAGCGGAUAGAGGACAGACUAUAUACACCACGGAUAGAGGAGAGACUAUAA